AUGGACGAGAGCGAUGAUGAGAAGCCCGACACCAAGCCGGAUCUGUGUCCAAUAACCCCAAAGAAGACCUUGGUCCUCUCACCUGAAAAGGCGCCUAGGAUUCCCAUGUCGCCCUGGAAACCCGAACAUAAGGAAUUUUGGGACCCAGAGGUUCAGAACAAGUGGAUCGACCAACACUCGCCAGCUAAGCCGAGCAGGACCAAGCCAGUGGCAGGAACUAAGGACAUCAAGGUCAACCUGAAGGAAAAGUACGGCACGAGUCCCAAGAAGCGCGACGCGAAGAAGACCUUUGAUCAGACCAAGGACGCGCUCGCACAACGCUUCCUCCACGAACUCGACGAGCGCAUCACCGCGGGCAAGCUCACGAAACUCACGGCCUCCACCGGCGGCAUACGCACGCAAUGGUCGACGAGUCUUCAAUCCACAGCCGGCCGCGCACACUGGAAGUGCAAAGAAGUGGUGACCAUGACGCAGCUCCCCGACGGCUCCGUCAGUUCCGUCCAGGAACGCCAGCACCACGCCUUCAUCGAGCUCGCCUCUAAGGUCCUGACCACCGAGGACAACCUCCUCAACACGGUGGCGCACGAGUUCUGCCACCUCGCGACAUUCAUGCUCGACGGCAAGCCAAAAUUCGCCCACGGCGCCGAGUUCAAGGCCUGGGGCAAGAAGUGCAUGGAUGUGUUUGGAGACAGGGGGGUCGUUGUCACGACUAAACACAGCUACGAGAUCGACUAUAAGUACAUCUGGCGGUGCGUCGAGUGCACGACCGAGGUGCAUCGACACUCCAAAAGUGUUGAUCCCGUCAAGCAGCGUUGUGGAAGGUGUCGGGGCUCGUUGGAGCAGGUUAAGCCUGUGCCGAGAGGAGGGGGCCAGGGGAAGAAGAGCGCGUAUCAGGAGUUUGUGUCGAAGGAGAUGAAGGUGCUGAAGGCGGAGGGGCAGAAGUUGAGCUUUAAGGAUAUGAUGACUACGGUCGCGAGUCGAUGGAAAACGCGGCAGCAGGAAGGAAAGGGGCCAAGCCCGGAGUUGGAGACCAAGGAGGUUGAAAAGAAGUUUGAGAAGCUCACGGUGGUGGAUAUCGUGUCUGACUAG